AUGGACCCGGCAGCCGCUGUGAAGCUCCUGGUCCUACUUGGCGCUGCGAUUCUGUUCUACUUGUGGCUCAAGUAUAGGAAUAGGUCUGACACCAGAGCGGUGCCUGCUUUCGGACCUCAGGACGUGUAUGAUCAACGGCAGCAAGCAAGCAGUAAACUAAUAUCUCACAAUCGACCGCUGCUUGAGGUCUUGUAUCCCGAGCUGAAUAACGCAGCGGCCAAGAAUAUUGAAGUGGAGCAGGUCUUUCCCCCAACCGUCACGGCCCCCUCCAUCUGA